GCGGGGCCGGGCGGUGGUAAAUAAUGAUACUGCUUUGUGAUUUGCACAUCUUUGAUUACUGACAGAUCUCCAGGAGAAGAUGACUGUCUUCUUUAAAACACUCCGAAAUCAUUGGAAGAAAACCACAGCUGGGCUCUGCCUGCUGACAUGGGGAGGCCAUUGGCUCUACGGGAAACAUUGUGAUAACCUGCUAAGAAGAGCAGCCUGUCAAGAAGCUCAGGAGUUUGGCAAUCAAUUAAUUCCUCCCAAUGCACAAGUGAAGAAGGCAACUGUCUUUCUCAACCCUGCAGCUUGCAAAGGCAAAGCCAGGACUCUGUUUGAAAAAAAUGCUGCCCCGAUUUUACAUUUAUCUGGCAUGGAUGUGACUGUCGUUAAGACAGAUUAUGAGGGACAAGCCAAGAAACUCCUGGAAUUGAUGGAGAGCACAGAUGUGAUCAUUGUUGCUGGAGGAGAUGGGACACUGCAAGAGGUUGUUACUGGAGUUCUGCGAAGAACAGAUGAGGCUACCUUCAGUAAGAUUCCCAUUGGAUUUAUCCCACUGGGACAGACCAGUAGUUUGAGUCAUACCCUCUUUGCCGAAAGUGGAAGCAAAGUCCAACAUAUUACAGAUGCCACACUUGCCAUUGUAAAAGGAGAGACAGUUCCACUUGACGUCUUACAGAUCAAGGGUGAAAAGGAACAACCUGUGUUUGCAAUGACUGGCCUACGAUGGGGAUCCUUCAGAGAUGCUGGCGUCAAAGUUAGCAAGUACUGGUAUCUUGGACCUCUAAAAAUCAAAGCAGCCCACUUUUUCAGCACUCUUCAGGAAUGGCCUCAGACUCAUGAAGCCUCCAUCUCCUACAUGGGACCUACAGAGAGACCUCCCAGUGAACCAGAAGAGAUCCCUCCCCGGCCUUCUCUGUACAGGAGAAUAUUACGCAGACUUGCCUCAUACUGGGCACAACCGCAGGAUGCCCUCUCGCAAGAGGUGAGCCCAGAGAUCUGGAAAGACUUACAGCUGUCCACCAUUGAGCUGUCCAUCACAACCCGGAAUGGCCAGCUUGACCUGACAAGCAAAGAAGAUUUUAUGAACAUCUGCAUUGAACCUGACACUGUCAGCAAAGGAGACUUCAUAAGUAUAGGAAGUAAAAAGGUAAGAGACCCCAAACUGCAUGCUGAUGGCACCGAGUGUCUCCAAGCCAGCAGGUGCACCCUGCUUCUUCCUGAGGGAACAGAGGGCUCUUUCAGCAUUGACAGUGAAGAGUACGAAGCGAUGCCUGUGGAGGUGAAACUGCUCCCCAGGAAACUGCAGUUCUUCUGUGAUCCCAAGAAGAAAGAACAAAUGCUGCAGAGCACAGCCCAGUGAGUGGACAGUGACGAGGCCUCUCCGAGACCACACUUUGGGCCACCGGUGGGACCAAAAGGGAACAGAUGCCUCAGCUGUCCCCAUAGUGUUGUCAGAGAAUCCCAAGGGCAUUUUCACAGCAAAUACCCCGUCCUCUCCAGCAGUGCUUCCCAUAGUGCACCCUGCCACCUGAUCUGCAGUUGGUAUUCCAUUAGCGCAUGCUCUCAUUUUGGUGUGAUAGUCAGUCCCUCCUAGAUAGUGAUUUCCCUCAAGCUUGUCAAGGACAUUCUCACUCUCAGUGGUUGGAAAGGGCUAGAGCUUUGUUAUCUCCUUGAAGUGCACCCAUGUAUGGAGAACAGGAUCUAAUUUUUUUUUUUUCUUUUGGUACCAGGGAUUGAACCAAGGAGUGCUUAAAAGUAGUCAAAUCCCCAGCAUGUUUUAUUUUUCGAGACAGGGUGUCUCACUAAAUGAGACUGGCUUUGAAUUUGUGGUCCUCAUGCCUCAGCCUCUGGAGCUGCUGAGAUUAUAGGUGUGCACCACUGCAACCAGCAGGAAAGCAGGAUUCUUAAGAUUGUCUAAGAUCCUCCAUCCCUGUUCUUUGAUUGUCCGGGGGAAGCAGUGCCUUCCCCAGGUGCCCUUUUCUAUGUCUGGCUCCUCCAUGGGUGAUUCUACUUUGUGAGCUUUGGUUCUUAUUUAGCUAGUUUCAAUUCUAUCCUCAAUUCAAAAGCAAAUGUGAGGUAGUUUCCUUCUUCAACCAUGGCUAAACUAUUGUAAAAUGCAUUUUUUUUUCUUUCUUUAAAGAAGUGCUUCUUCAAUGUUGGUUGGUUUGCAUGAGAACCACUUGGGGUGCAUGCUGAAAACUGACUUGGGGCCCACCCCAAACUUAACAACUCA